ACUUUCCAUCCUGCGUUUCGCCCUCCUGACCAAACCACUUAUUGACCAAGCCUCGCAGACUUCAAUCAGUAGCCUGAGCCUCGACCUUUCCAUGUGUGUUGGCAUCUGCCAGCCUGUCAACGUGGUAGUUCUCCGUUCAACCCUGCCAGAGUCAAUUCUCCUCUACCUCAAUGUCUUCCCGCUUCCUGCCACUGCUGCUACGUCGGCACAAGACAACCGACCUGGUCCGGAUGAGGGACCGCUUGUGACCUCA